CGCCCCCCCUUAGCCAGUAGCGUCCACAUGGGCACCCCUCCAGCGUUCCUACUGGCCACAACAGGGCGUUGUACCCCUCUUCCAGGCGCCAUCCAGCCAACCACAGCGCCCCGUAGCUCAGAAAUUUGCUGCCCCGACCGCCUAAACCACUGCUGGGAAGGGAAAAUGGUCGUGUGAUGGGCCGUCAACCUCAUCUCCCCCUCGCUCGCCGCCUUUUUUCUUGCUUUCUGCACCAAAACACCCAUCCUCCCCUCACGCGACAUCACCACCACGCCCUCGGUUGCCCUGCUUUUCUGCUCUGUAUGCCCGUGGAUUUGCUUGUUUCGUCUUUUAUCACUGGCGUUACACUUGCUGCCUCACUCAUCCAACUCCAUUGACCGAAUUAGAAACUCCUUUUUUGUUGUCAACAACCCUCUCGACCGCUCUUUAGUUCCUCUCCCCCUUUUCCUCUUCUCUUUCUACGCCCAUCAUGUCGCCCUCCGCCGACGCAACCAUGGAACACGCCCCCGUUCGCUUUAUCCCGCUUUCUUACGACCCCGCGGACUCGGACAACUCUGCCCGCAAGCUCAUCCUGACCCUCGCCCCCUCGUGGGCCAGCGACGACUCCCACAUCGAAUUCAACCAUUUCAAGGAUGGCAUCACAAACACACUGCUCAAGGCCACAAACAAGCGCCCGGGCAUGUCCCAGGCCGACAUUGACCGCGACGCUAUCCUGCUGCGCGCCUACGGCAACAACACAGAUCUCAUCAUCGAUCGCGAACGCGAGGCUGCCAACCACGAGCUGCUCAUGAAACACAGCCUUGCCCCUGCCCUGCUUGCCCGCUUCGCCAACGGCAUGCUCUACCGCUACAUCUCGGGUACUGUUUGCACAGCAAAGGACCUCCCUGAUCCCGCCAUCACCACCGCUGUUGCCCGCCGUCUUGCUCAAUGGCACGCUACCGUCCCCUGCCUGCCCAGCACUGCCCGCCCCAAGACGGACAACUUGAGCACACCCACUGCCGUCUCCAUGAUUGCUAAUGUCGCCCCCGGCAAGCCUAUCCCUAAUGUCUGGUCUACUAUGCAGAAAUGGAUCCUCGCCCUCCCCACCGAGACCGGCGAGCAGCGCCAGCGCCAAGUCAAGCUCCAAGAAGAGCUGCACAAGGUUGUCGAGCGCCUCAGCCAGCGACCUGGCUUUGGCGAACACGGACUCGUUUUUGCACACUGCGAUUUGCUUUGCGCCAACAUCAUCAUGCACAGAAACGACGCGGGCGAGCUGUCAUCUGUCAGCUUCAUCGACUACGAAUAUGGCACCCCGUCGCCAGCGGCCUUUGAUAUUGCCAACCACUUUGCCGAGUUUGUCGGCUACGACUGCGACUACGCUGCCAUUCCUACGCGCAGCCAGCGCCUGCGAUUUGUGCGCGAAUACAUUCAAGAGUACGCCAAGCUCACUGGCAAGGCACUGGACAUUGAGAAGGAAUCCAGCAAGAUGAUGACUGAUGUGGACGCCUUCCGUGGCGUGCCCGGCUUCUUCUGGGGCAUCUGGUCUGUUAUUCAGUCUACCAUUUCCAAGAUUGACUUUGACUAUGCCUCGUACGCUGAGCUGCGCCUGACCGAGUACUGGGACAGUCUUGGUGAGGAGGACGGUUCCCGCGCCGCCGCAGGGAAGGAGAUGCCUCUGCGCGAGCAGCGAUGGCAGAGCGAAUAAGGCAGCUCGCUUUGAGCCGCCAAACCGUCGCCGCGGCGGUCCUACGUUGUAUGAAUGCGUACAUCCACGCCGCGCGACAAACUCUCGGGGUCGCCAGAGCUCUGUAUAGUAUAACAUAGCCCCAGCACCGUCUCCAUCAACCAAUCCUCCAACUGUAGAGGUCCCCUUCCUUGACCGGGGCAUCUACACAGUGCUGCUCUGGCAGUUCAUAAUAGCCGAUGUCGCUCUCAACUGGACAUGCGCCAUGGCCUGCUGCAUGGUCUGCGAGACAUGUGUCUUGUCGCUUUGUACAUGAUAUAAGGCUUGGUGCUGGGUACCCAGCUGCAAGUGUGUGCCUCUCUCUGCAUAUAGCUGUAUGCGGGACACAGACAACGCCCGUUACGCUGUGACAGCAUCGUCACCGCCACCAAACAGACAGGAUCCGAAGCGAGAGGACAAGAAACAAGAGGAACGUGCGUGCAGUGCAGUGCAGACCGGCCGUCGUCUUUUGAAACUCGAUGGGGAUGGCGCGAGAACACGGGACCACACAAGCCUCAUAUCACACACACCCUUUUAUGUCGUGCGUGACAGACGUUUUAUUCUUGCUUUUUUUUUUUUUUUCGUUUUCCCUGUCGCCGGCUGUCGCUUGUCUUGGCGCCACCACUGACUGUUUCUCUCUUUUUCUUUAUGUUUUUGCGUGCGCGGCAAAACCCAUGGCGAGGUGUUUUAUUGUUGUCCCUCCUCUUUUGUUGAGGGGGGAAUAUGUGACGGCCCCUACGACGUACUUCUUUUUUAAUUCUUUUACGUAGAAUGAGGACGAGGAGAUAAAAGAUCCCGUCUCUUCUUUUCUUUUGUUACCAGGCGAUUAGCAAGCAUCAUACAGUAUACAUACCUGCUGCUUUCUUCUUAAUACAACACAUACAUCCGC